UUGGCUGUGAAGGUUGUGAUAAUAAUGUCAGUAAAAGUUUUGCGUCUCUUGGCGCUUUUAUGGGGGACUUUUCAGUUCGCUGCAGCGGGAUCAUAUGAAGGCUACAAAUUAUAUGAAAUUGCAACAGAGACGAUUGCUCAACGGAAUGCGCUGAACGCGCUCGCCCAAGAGGAUGCUGAUAAAUAUAACUUCCUCUCCCUGAGUCGCUUGCAUACGCAAAACGCUCGUGUGCUUGUAGCGCCCGCACAUGAUGAGAGUUUCCAAGCAGAGUUGCGUAAUCAAGAAAUACCAUUUGAGUUGAAAAACACCAAUUUCGGACGCACCAUCCAAACUGAGGUGCUACAGAACCGUAUGCUACGGCAAGCGAAGCCCUACAAUGGUACCGGUCGUCUAGGUACCGAACGUUACUACUCACACGAUGAAAUCAAUGCUUACUUGGACGAUUUGGCGACACGUUAUCCCACACGCGUAUUCGUACGAAUUGUGGGUAAGACCUAUGAGGGACGCAUACUCAAAACGAUUACCAUUACCAAUGGCGAUGGUGUUACCGGCAAGAAUGUGGUUUUCAUGGAUGGCGCCUUCCAUGCAUGCGAAUGGAUCUCACCGGCCACUGUAGUUUAUGCUAUUGGUGAAUUGGUGGAGAAUUUCGAAGCUCACGCUGAGUUAUUGCAAGCUUACGAUUGGGUUAUAUUACCGGUGAUGAAUGCUGAUGGCUACGAGUAUACACAGUCGGCGAGCGCUUUCCGUUUAUGGCGUAAGACACGUCAGCCCUUGACACUGAACGGUGUUACAUGCUAUGGUACCGACCCGAAUCGUAACUUCGACUUUCAUUGGAUGGGUAAGGGUGCCUCCUCGAAUCCGUGUUCGGACAUUUAUGCUGGCCCGAGUGCAUUCUCUGAACCCGAAGCGGUGGUGGUGCGUGAUAUUAUGCAUUCGCUGCGCGACCGUGGUAUUUUGUAUCUGACUGUACACUCAUACGGCUCUGCGCUCUUCUAUCCGUGGGGCUGGGGACCUGAGCUACCCGACACUUGGGAGGAUCUACACGAGGUGGCUAUGGUUGGCGCCGAUGCUAUACGUGACUAUAGCGGCAGCGAAUACGAGGUGGGCUCCUCGACAGCACUUUAUGGUGAAGCUGCUGGUGCCAGCGAUGAUUAUGCAUUCAGUGAAGGUUUUACGCUAUCCUAUACUAUGGAGCUACCUCAUGGUGGGGAUAGCGGUUUCGAUCCGCCACCAUCGGAUAUCGAUCGGUUGGUGAAAGAGACUUGGGCGGGCAUACGUGCGAUGGGCAAGAAGGUAACAACCAAGUAUCCAACACCAAAACAAACGUUAUCAUAAUUUUGUCGAACAAUACAAGGCAUUUUCGUAAAAGAAAUUGGAAUUUACCGUAAUAAAUAACUAUUUCGUAUUUGCAGAGCUUUGAAA